AUGUCACUCCCCUCCCAGCUCGGCCGGCUGGUGAUGUCGAGCUGUGGCCAACCUCCAUCCAUGCAUUCUUCGAAGUAUGGAAAGGGUCGACAGCGAUAUGGUGUUUUGGGGUACCUCCCUGAGCCGGGCUCGAGGGAAGCCGAGCUAUGGGACCUGAACCGCGUACGCUCCCCGCUCCUCCGCCUCCCGCCCGAGAUCCGUAACAAGAUCUACCGCCUCCUCCUCGCCGCGCGCCGGAUCCACGUCCACCACGACCCCAAGACGUCGUCGUUCCACUGCGUCGCGCUGCGCCCCACGGCGAACCCCUGGACGUACAAGAAGCACCACCUCCUCAGCCGGGGUUUGACGCUGCUGGUGCGCGUGUGCCGGCAGCUGUACCACGAGACGGAGCUGCUGCCGUACCGCGAGUGCGUCUGGAGCUGGCAGACGCCCGGGCUGAUGGAGAGGUACCUGCUCACCGAGAAGCGGAUGGGAGUCGCGCAGCGGAGGGCCGUGAGGGAGGUCUGCGUGCGGGGGAUCCGCGGGUUUGGGAACCUGAGUAGGCGGGUGAGGGGGGUGCUCGGCGGGUUGGAGGUUGUUUGGUUCUGGGAGGGGAGGGAUAGGGGAAAGGGGGACGGGGAUGGGCUGGGAGGUUGGGUUUGUGAGAUUGUCGAGAGGGGGAGGGUUGAGGUUGGUGUUGGGAGGCCGAAUUGA